UAGCCAGCGAAAUGUGCAGGUCUCUCUCUCUCUGUAACACACAACACACACACACCGACACAGAUACACAUGUGCGUGGGUACACACACACACGCAAUGGGGAAGGAAGAGAAUGUGAUUUGUUUCCACGAGGAUCGUGUGGGGGAUUGUAUGGCGGUGUAAUUUUGUAAGUGUAGCAACUGUUUUCGCCGUUUUGAUCAACCGUUUGUAUGCCACGAAGGAGAGCGACUCACCGAGUGUGCUAAGAGACGAUCGAGAAGCCAAUUGUCGCACAAUGACAGGAACCGUGCUGUGACCUCAAGUGACCCACACGCAUGCGCACAGCCCCUGUUGUGGCACGUUGUGAACUUGUAUACAGAGGUCAGGCAAUGUUCACCUCACACGGUGCUUAUUAGAAACAAGUACACCAAAAAGCUUCAGCAGAAAUGACCAUAGCACGUCUGGGGACACUGGUGACCACUCACUGGCUACGUGACCAACUACUGGCACUGACAGCAGGUUCCAAGAAACGACCUCUUCGAGUGCUGGAUGCCUCUGCCUCACCUGAUCCUCAGGUGGAUGGAUACAAAGAGUUCUACAUGGAAUCCCACAUUCCUGAGGCAGUUUACUUCAGUCUUCAUGGCUUGUGUCCAGCCUCUCCAACAUCACUCCACAAGUAUCCCAUACCAGAUUCCAACCGAUUCCAGGAUUACGUGGAAGGUCUUGGGAUUUGUAACAACACACAUGUUGUGACCUAUGAUAGGUCCAACACAGCCUUUGCUCUCAAAACAUGGUGGCUUUUUCGGUUGUUUGGCCAUGAAAAGGUGUCAGUACUAGAUGGAGGGUUUAGAAAAUGGCUACUUGAUGGCUAUGAUGUGACUGUAGAAGUACCUAAAGUUGAGAGAAAAUCAUUCCAGUCCACAUACAUCUCUGGCCUAGUGCGGCACUUCGAGGAUAUGCAGAAAAACCUGACCAGCAAAGCUGAACAAGUUGUGGACUCAAGGACACCACAGGUUUUCUUUACUUCUGAUGACCUUCAACCAGGGGGCCACAUUCCUGGGGCAUGCAACAUUCCAUAUUCUACGCUCUUUGAGGAUAAAGGAACUUUCAAACCUCCACAAGAACUGAAGAAGUUGUUUGAUGCUGAAAAUAUUGACCUGGGAAAACCACUGGUGGCAACCUGUCAGACAGCUAUGACUGCUUGUGGCAUAGCUGCUGCAGCUCAUCUGCUGGGUAAAGAGAUGGUGCCUGUCUACAAUGGUGCCUUCCGAGAAUGGAGCCAGCGUGCAGAACCCCAUCAGAUAGUGACAGACUAAUGGUAGUCUCAUCUCAGUCCAAGCACUUACUCUCUAGGAGGCGGCAUUUGCUGCUGGAGACAGGAAGUGAUGUGUGUGAAUGGAUGCAUGCACAUGUACUUGUUUUGUGUAAGUCAUAAUCCUGUAGUUUCUAAGCCCUGAGAAUACUAAAUGUGUGGCUGUAACAUUUUGCUAUCUUUUGUACAUCUAUCACAGAUACUGGUGUAGACAUAGACGCCUGGACAUUUGCAUGUUCUUUUCUUCACAAAACAACUCUGUCUCUUUAGUAGGUCUGUAUACAUUUAAUGAUAUUAACUAAAUUUAACUGCCUCUUAGCGUCAGAGGUACACAAAAUGGUGCAGCCUCUGGGGAAGAGCGACCACAACAUACUCCAGGACAAAAUCAAACACGUCCAACUAACUCACAAAACCACAAAAAAACCCUCUUCAAGUACUCCAGGGCAUCUGCAAGAGCCAGAUACAGUCCAUCUCCCAGCCCUCGAUUCCAUGGCCCAUCUCCUGGCCCCGUAGACUGGGCCUAUUGACAGUUUAAAAAAAAAUUGUAUUAGUAAUUAUAUCUUUAAAAGAAUGCGUGGAAAAUUCAAAAUACUAAAAAAUCCCAAAUACUCAUAAAAAUGAACUUCGCAUGAAAUGUGUACCUGACUGUAGACAUCAAUAGCCCUGCUCUGCAUGUACAUUUGUACAUCUACAUAAGUUGUAAGUACUGCUCACUCUACUGGAAAUGUACAUCACUGCAGGCUGUCAGUUCUUAUUUUGAGAAUCUACCAUUUAUUGACAGUUUUUACUAUUUUCCAUACCACUCUCUAGUGGAGUCCUGUCUCACCCAAUACCUGCAAUAACUAAAAUAUAUACAUGAAACAGAUUUCUUGAUAUAUUGUAAGCCCUCUCACAACAGUAUUUCCCAGUGAUAGGCAUAGUAAUAUACCGACAAUAACAUGCAGCCUCUACUAAAUAACCAGUAACAUGCAGCCCACAACUGGGGCCCCUGCUACAGCUAAUGGGUACAGGGGAAAAUACAGUAUAUUGAUCUGAUGGAUUAUUUUAUCAUUUAUAAUUAUAAAUGUAUUCUGAUGGAUUAGGUUAUCAUUUAUAAUUAUAAAAUGUAUUAAUCUGAUGGAUUAAGAUAUAAUCUUGUUUAUCUCAGAGUGCAAUUUGGGGAUUAGGUUUUCAUUUUACUUUUAAACUGCUUGUUGCAAAUUUUAUCGUAGCAGAGCCCUACACUUAUAUUAAUAAGGGCUAAUCUGGAGUUGAUAGCUUAGUAACAAGAUUUGUAAAUUGAUGCAAAUUAGAUUUUUGUGUGCUCAUGGCUUACAUGGUUAUCACUGUUGGAAGAAUUUGUGGAAAUGUUUAAUGGCUGGAAUAAAAGUAUUGCCAGGUU